CGUCGGCGAUGCGCCCUGCGGCGGCGGCGGACGGCGCGGCGGCGGUUGGUGCGGCAUCGGGGGCGGGGCGCCUGGCGCUCACGAGCGGCUUCGUGACGUGCAUGGCGGUGGCGCCGCUGCCGGGCGCCGGGGCGGCGCUGGGCGUUGCGGGGACGAGCCACGGGGCGCUCUGCCUCUUCGUCGUCGAAAGCCGCGCGGGGGGCGUCCAGCCGGCCGUCUUGAAAGUCUGCGAGGCGCCCCUCCGCGAGUACUCCGACGGGCUGAUCUCCGUGGAGGACGCGGUGACGGACGUCUGCCUCGGCUUCGACCCCGCGGGGCGCCCGGAGUUCGUCGCGGCGGCCUCCGCGACGUGCGUGGCGGUGGUCGACACGCAGUGCUUCGACGAGCUGCUGCGGGCGCGGGCGACGGAGGCGGUGGCGCGGGCGUUCACCAAACAGCGCUCCCCGCACGUGGGGCGCCCGACCAGCGAGCCUUUCUGCGCGUCGUUUGCAGCCGCGGAGGUGGUGCGGGUGCUGGCGCCGGAGCGCCACCACGCCGCCUUCACGAUGGACGUGGCCCUUCUUGUCGUGCUGGACGACGGGGAGGUGCGCUACGUUGCACGCAGCGUGGUGGGUGGCUCGGUGCAGCUGCUGCUGGAGCACCACCUGCAGCGGCAGGCGCGACAGAGCGAGGUGGGACUCUCCAUGCUGUUAGACGACGACCCGCGGGCGCUGCCGCACGUGCUGUACGCCUACAGCCUCUCGCCCAUUGUGCACAACGUUUGCGUCGCCGCGGUGGGCCCGCGCGCGGCCAGCAGCAUUGUCGUAAAUGACGCUGCGUUGUGCUACGACGCCGCCGCACACCAGAUGCGGCUCAUUGUCGCCGGCGCAGAAACUCAGCCUGCUGAGCUGCCGGGGCAAUUCUGCACCACUUCGGGGUGGUGGGCAACUGCGUUAAAUGUUGUAUGUCUUCGCGACACACUGCAGCAGGCCCUGGCACUGAUGGUGUCAAGCUUCGCCGCGCCCAAGUCAAGCUCGCUGCCGCGCGAUCGUCGCGGUCUGGCGGCAGUGCUGGCGUUCCCUGACGGCCAGCUGCUGCUGUUUGCCUGCGGCAGCGAGCUGCACGUGUGCUCCGCCGCGGGGGAGGUGAUGAGCAGUGAGUACGGCGUUCUGCGACACGUGCACACGGCCGGAUCUGUUAUCAGCAGCAUGGCGGCCGCACAGUCGCGGAACAGUGGGAAGUCCGCCGUCGUGGUUGCCUGCGGCUCGUCGCUCGCACUUCUGCAACUUUGA